AUGAGCCAGUCCAACAACCAGGGAAUCUCAACACUGCUUGAGGCCGAAAAGGAGGCCUCCAAGGUGAUCCAGAAAGCCAGACAAUACCGCGUCCAGCGUCUCAAGGAUGCUCGAUCCGAAGCUGCCAAGGAAAUCGAUGUCCUGAAGGGCGAGAAGCAGCAGGAAUUUGUCCAGUUCGAACAGCAGUUCGCGGGCUCAUCCGACAGCGCCUUUGCCGGCGUCACCAAGGAAACCGACGAUCGACUGACGUCAAUCAACGCCGCCUAUCUCCAACACAAGCACACCGUCAUUGACAAGAUGCUUGCCGCUGUCGAGAACGUCCAUCCUAAGAUUCACCCCAACGCUAUCCCUGUCUCGCGGGAGGCUUGA